AUGCUGAAAAUCUUAGUUGAAUGUAAAAAUGUCAAAAUAUUCUUUGAUUUUAAGCAUGACUCAGUGUUUUAUUUGGAUCCGAAAAAGAGAUUUUCCACUAAAGGAACUGCAUAUACAUCUGGAAAAAUUUAUAUUGGUUCUAAACAUGUAACUGACAAUGAAAAGAAGUUUGAAGUAUUUGGAGCAUUAGCUCAUGAGUUGUGCCAUCUUGCUGUGCUUAUAACUUUCAUGAACUUCAACUUUGAUCCAUUCCAGACUGGAGAAAGUGAUCAGAAGCGAAGGUAUAUCGACAAAGUCAUGAAAGAAUGCAAAGAGCAACAAAAGUUUGAGGAAAUUGUAGAAAAUGUUUUUGAAUAUGCUGUAAAUCUUCAAGAGUUUGAAAUGACCGUAACUGUUCCACAAAUAUUGAUGCAUUACUACAAAAACGAAGAAAAGAUUGAAGAACUGAAAGAAAUCUUUCAAGAGUUGUUUAAAUAUUGCGAGGAAGUCGUGGAACCAGAAUUUGAGAAAGUUUUGCCACUGUUGAAAAUUUUGGAGGAUGAAAAGAAAGUCAUCAGUUUUCAGGAUUUAUCCAAACCAAUGAAAGCUAAACUUUGCAUUCUGUAG